AAAAACUGAACCUUUUCGAAGAGGUUCAACAUGGCAGGAGAUCAGGCGCAAUUUUACCAGUUACUAAAUACAAUAUUGUCUAUAGAUAAUGACAUUCGUACCCAAGCCGAAAAAGUAUAUAACGACAUCCCAACGGAAAACAAAGUAGUCCUCUUAGUGGGAGCUAUUCAAAAUGCCGAUCUUGGUGAGGAUGGCAGGGAGACAGCUGCCGUCCUACUACGACGACUCAUCAGUGCAGAGUUCUAUGAAUUCUUCCCGAAACUGCCAUUUGAACAGCAAGCUAUGCUCAGAGAACAACUUCUACUUACACUUCAAAUGGAUGUAUCUCAAAAUCUGAGACGAAAGAUAUGUGAUGUGGUGUCGGAGUUAGCGAGAAAUCAUAUUGAUGAUGACGGAGUUAACCAAUGGCCUGAAUUUUUACAAUUUAUGUUUAACUGUGCGAAUGCACAAGAUCCUAACAUUAAGGAGGCAGGAAUUAGAAUGUUCACAUCUGUUCCUGGUGUCUUCGGUAACCUCCAGAAUGAAAACUUGGAUGUUAUCAAAAGGAUGCUUCUCUCCGCGUUACAACCCACAGAGUCAGAAGCACUACGUAUGCAAGCAGUUAAAGCUGUUGGAGCUUUUAUUUUGCUACAUGAUAAAGAGCCAGCGAUCCAGAAACAUUUCAGUGAUCUACUGUUACCUUUUAUGCAGGUUGUAGUACAAUCAAUAGAAAAAGCUGAUGAUGAUGCAGCAUUAAAAGUUUUGAUUGAAUUGGCUGAAUCUUCACCAAAAUUCUUGAGGCCUCAAGUGGAAACUAUUUUCCAAGUUUGCAUCAAGGUUAUUGGGGAUCUCGAUCAAGAAGACAACUGGCGUCAAUUAGCUCUAGAGGCUUUAGUGACAUUGUGUGAAACAGCACCUGCAAUGGUACGCAAAGUUGUCCCCAAUGCAGUUAGGAUGCUGACACCUCUCAUACUUCAAAUGAUGUGCGAGUUAGAUGAGGAACCAAAUUGGUCUGUAGAGGACAAUGCUGCUGAUGAUGAUAAUGAGCAGAACUAUGUUGCAGCCGAAUCUGCUCUGGAUCGUAUGUGCUGUGGGCUUGGAGGCAAGAUAAUGUUAGGCCUAAUUGUAGGUCAGGUUCCAGAAAUGUUGAACUCAAGUGAUUGGAAGCGUCGCCAUGCAGCUUUAAUGGCUGUAUCUUCCGCUGGCGAAGGAUGCCACAAGCAAAUGGAACAGAUGCUUGACCAAGUAGUCUCAGCAGUUCUAAAUUACCUUACUGACCCACAUCCACGAGUCAGAUAUGCUGCUUGUAACGCUGUUGGUCAGAUGUCAACAGAUUUUGCCCCAGUAUUUGAAAAAAAAUUCCACGACAAAGUCGUGCCUGGUCUGUUGAUGGUUCUUGAUGACAAUGCGAAUCCACGUGUGCAGGCUCAUGCAGCAGCUGCAUUAGUCAACUUCAGUGAAGACUGUCCUAAGCCUAUCUUAACCCAAUAUUUGGGCCCACUUAUGGGCAAAUUGGAAGCAAUUUUGACAGCCAAAUUCAAAGAGUUGGUUGAAAGUGGCACCAAACUUGUAUUAGAGCAAAUAGUGACUACAAUUGCUUCUGUCGCCGACACUGUUGAAAAAGAAUUUGUUGAAUACUACGACAGGCUUAUGCCAUGCUUGAAGUAUAUCAUUGCAAAUGCCACCACAGAUGAAUUCAAGAUGCUUCGUGGCAAGACUAUAGAAUGUGUCAGUCUUAUUGGUUUAGCUGUGGGAGAAGAAAAGUUUAUGUCUGAUGCAUCUGAAGUGAUGGAUCUGCUUUUGAAAACUCACACAGAGGGAGAACAGUUGCCAGCUGAUGACCCACAAACUUCAUAUUUAAUCUCAGCUUGGUCUAGAAUCUGUAGGAUAAUGGGCAAAAAGUUUGCUCAGUAUCUACCAAUGGUUAUGGAACCUGUUAUGCGUACAGCAGCAAUGAAACCUGAAGUAGCCCUUCUUGAUAAUGAGGACCUUGAAAUCAUAGAAGGAGACCUUGACUGGCACUUUGUUACUUUAGGUGAACAGCAAAACUUCGGUAUUAAGACUGCGGGACUAGAAGACAAAGCUUCGGCUUGUGACAUGUUGGUGUGCUAUGCACGUGAACUGAAGGAGGCUUUUGCUGAGUAUGCUGAAGAUGUUGUAAAACUAAUGGUGCCUAUGUUAAAGUUUUACUUCCAUGAUAAUGUUAGAACUGCAGCAGCAGAAUCACUGCCCUACUUGUUGGAAUGUGCACGUAUUCGUGGCCCACAAUACAUCCAGGGCAUGUGGGCGUAUAUCCUACCUGAGCUAUUGAAGGCUAUUGAUUCCGAACCAGAGCAGGAGGUGCAAGUUGAGCUUCUCAACAGUCUUGCUAAGUGCAUUGAGCUGUUGGGUGCAGGAUGUUUGUCAGACGAAAUGAUGGUUGAAGUUCUACGUAUCUUGAACAAACUGCUUACUGAACAUUUCGAAAGAGCCACUGAACGUCGCCAAAAACGUGCUGAUGAAGAUUACGAUGAGGUGGUCGAAGAACAACUUGCAGAUGAAGACAAUGAAGAUGUUUAUGGGCUGUCGCGCGUAGCCGAUGUUUUACACGCACUUAUGUCCGCCUACCACGAAAACUUUUUCCCACACCUCGACUCACUGCUGCCCCAUCUCGUACAACUACUCGCGCCCGGUCGACCCUACGCCGAUAGACAAUGGGCUAUUUGUAUUUUUGACGAUGUUAUCGAAUUUGGAGGACCUGCUUGUGUGAAAUACCAAGAUAUAUUCCUUGAACCAAUGCUAAAUGGAUUACAUGAACCAGAGCCAGAAGUACGACAAGCUGCUGCAUAUGGAUGUGGAGUAUUAGCCCAAUUUGGUGGACCUCAGUUUGCCGGCGCGUGUGCUCGGGCUGUACCUCUUCUUGCUGCUCUUAUCGCCGAACCUAACUCCCGCUCUGUAGAAAAUCUUAAUGCGACUGAGAAUGCUAUAUCUGCAGUUACCAAGAUAAUAAAGUAUAACCACUCGCAAAUAAACAGAGACGAAAUUAUUAGGCAUUGGUUGACAUGGUUGCCGGUGAUUGAAGACACAGAAGAAGCUCCCCACGUGUACUCGUUGCUUUGCGAGUUAGCCGCCAGUGGACAUGCAGCUCUAGCCACUCCCGAUGCACCCCAAAGAGUUAUCACUACACUCGCUGAAGCAUUCCUCCAUGAUGCUGUGCCUAACGACAACCCUGUUUUUGCUCAGAUGGUUGCUCUAGUGAGACAGAUACAGAGCAAUGCAGAGCUAUUCAACUCCUGUUUGAUGUCGCUAAGUAGCGACCAUAAAGCAGCUUUAAAUGUGGCGCUUUCCACCUAGUGUCAUUCUGUUCGAAGCUCGUAUUUAUUCUCCCCAACCCUUUGUGUCCGCACUGCCUCUGUUGCCAGUCACAGUCCCCAAAUGAGCCUACUAUUUUCUGAUGACUAAAGAAUUUUUGACUGCCUCCUUUCUGCUAGAUUACUGUAAUUCAGUAAUAAAUUAUGGCAAAAUAUAGAAAAAAGAAUUUGUCUAUAAUACACGUAUUGUGUAUAAUCUUAGCUAAAUCGAACUAAGUUCGUAAAAUGACUGGUUCUGAAAUAUAAUGUACCCAUUGUUGUAAA